CACGUUUGUAGUUCGCUGCUACACUUUCGGCGCGACACUGGUUUUAUGCCGUCUCUGAAAUACACAAAAACAGUAGAACUGUACCUUCUUAAACUUUUUAAAUGAUUAAGUUGAGUCAGGAUAGAACAAGAGGCACUUACACCGAGGAAUUUUCUACGGAGUGCCAGGAAAGAGGAGCAAGCGUGAGCGAAUCUGCCGAAGCGGAUCUGCUGGCUGUAAAAACAAGUACGCAAGUCAGCUGAUGUUCCCUGAGCCUUGGCCUGUUGACAACGCCGAGUGUGCGGACCCUUCAGGACUUCGGAGCUAGGGGAGAUAUCCUGCCGGAGAAGAUGAAGAAAAACAGAGAACGAUUCUGCAACAGAGAGAGAGAAUUUGUGUAUAAAUUCAAAGUAGGAAGUCAGUGCUUAGAACUGAGGGUGCCCCUCAAAUUUCCUGUUCAAGAGAACGCCAGUUAUUUACAUGGACGUCUGAUGCUGCUGCACGGUUUACCAUGCUUUAUAGAAAAAGAUUUAAAAGAAGCUUUGAGUCAGUUUAUAGAAGUAGAAUCCCUCAAAGAUUAUGAUAGAGAUGCUGAAGCAUCACUGGAAUCCGUGAAAUCAGGUGAAGUAGAUUUGCAUCAGCUGGCAAAUACAUGGGCCAAAGCUUAUGCUGAGACCACAUUAGAGCAUGCAAGGCCUGAAGAGCCCAGCUGGGAUGAAGAUUUUGCAGAUGUGUACCAUGACCUAAUCCACUCUCCUGCCUCUGAAACACUCCUAAAUUUGGAACAUAAUUACUUUGUUAGUAUCUCAGAACUGAUUGGUGAAAGAGAUGUGGAGCUGAAAAAAUUACGAGAGAGACAAGGUAUUGAAAUGGAAAAAGUGAUGCAGGAAUUGGGAAAAUCACUGACAGAUCAAGAUGUAAAUUCACUGGCUGCUCAGCAUUUUGAAUCCCAGCAAGACUUAGAAAAUAAAUGGUCAAAUGAAUUAAAACAAUCAACUGCGAUCCAAAAGCAAGAGUAUCAGGAAUGGGUAAUAAAACUUCAUCAAGACCUAAAAAACCCCAACAAUAGCUCCCUCAGUGAAGAAAUUAAAGUUCAACCGAGUCAGUUCAGAGAAUCUGUAGAGGCAAAUGGAAGGAUUUAUGAGGAACAGAGAAAGUUAGAAGAAAGUUUUACCAUUCACUUAGGAGCCCAGUUGAAGACCAUGCAUAAUUUGAGAUUGCUGAGAGCAGAUAUGCUGGAUUUCUGUAAGCAUAAAAGAAAUCAUCGAAGUGGCGUGAAACUCCAUCGCCUUCAAACAGCUCUAUCACUUUAUUCCACAUCUCUCUGUGGCCUGGUUUUACUAGUAGAUAAUCGAAUCAAUUCAUAUAGUGGUAUUAAAAGAGAUUUUGCCACAGUUUGCCAAGAAUGCACUGACUUCCAUUUUCCCCGAAUUGAAGAGCAACUAGAAGUUGUCCAACAGGUGGUACUUUAUGCUAGAACCCAGCGCAGGAGUAAGUUGAAAGAAUCACAUGAAUCUGGGAACCGAAAUGGAGAAAGUGAUGAUAAGACUAAAAAUGCUGAUAGAAACUAUUUAAAUAUUUUGCCUGGAGAAUUUUACAUUACACGGCAUUCUAAUCUCUCAGAAAUCCAUGUUGCUUUUCAUCUUUGUGUGGAUGACAAUGUAAAAUCUGGAAAUAUCACUGCUCGUGAUCCUGCCAUUAUGGGACUCCGAAACAUACUCAAGGUUUGCUGUACCCAUGACAUCACAACAAUAAGUAUUCCUCUCUUGCUAGUGCAUGAUAUGUCAGAGGAAAUGACUAUACCGUGGUGCUUAAGGAGAGCAGAACUCGUGUUUAAAUGUGUCAAAGGUUUCAUGAUGGAAAUGGCUUCAUGGGAUGGAGGAAUUUCUAGGACAGUGCAAUUUCUGGUACCACAGAGUAUUUCUGAAGAAAUGUUUUAUCAACUUAGUAACAUGCUUCCCCAGAUCUUCCGUGUGUCAUCAACACUUACUCUGACAUCUAAGCACUAAACCCUUAUAGAUCAUCGUGCUGGCAGAAGAGGAUUGUUAAACUCUCCAGGAACUUGAGCUAUGUUGGGAUUCUGUCAAGCAAAAGAUGCCCAGAAAGAGAACUUGCGACUCAAGCCACAAAUCAAAUCAUGAUAGAUGUCUAUUAAACAUUCCAAAAAUUCAUCUGUUGUACAGGCUAGUCAUCAGCCCCUCACUUACACAUGUAUUCUUAAAGUCUCUUUAUGAAAUAAUGUCUUUUUUUUCCAUUGUAAUGCCUUACCUGUGAAUAUUAGUAAGUUAAAACUUCCUGUAUCACACGUGGACACUUGAUGUAGGAGAUUGUUCACUAUAAUUUUCAUAGUGACAUUUGUCUUUCCUCAAAGGUUUGAAUCAUAUCAGGUGCAAGGGUUAACUAAGCAUACAAAUACAAUCUUCCUUCAACUUUAUUUGCCGAGUGAAAAUUAAAAAGCACUGAAAUAUACAUUGCAAGUAUAGCUGUCUUGUGAAAAUCUUUUUGCAGAAACAAAUAUAUGAGACAUGGUACUUAUUCUUUUAAAUUCACCUAUUUCAAAAUCUUGCUUUUUAAUAUACUCUUUCUAAAGUUUUAUUACGUUCAGAGUCAGAAAAAGACUGGAUACUUUACCUCAGUCUCAUCUUCCCUAUGUAACCUUGCCCUUGUUUGUUAAUAACAUUUCAUGGGCUGAAAAAAAAUAAUGUGUUUAUUUGCAAGCUCGAUGGAAAGUUAGUCUAAACUAGCACCUGGCAGUAAUUUUGCGCUUAUCAGCAUUGUGACAGACAAUGAAGGUCAUUUUCAUUCUUCCUUCCUGCUUCCUGCAUUCUGUUUCCUUAACCAUUCUCUUUGCAUUUCUUUGCUGAUAGCUCUGUCCCCAUUUCUGAUCUGUUUCCUCUUCUUUUCCAUUAUCUUUCUUUGGAGAACUACUUUCUAAGAUUCUACGUAUCACUUAUGUACCCCAUCUAUAACAUUUACAAUGAGUAGUGGCUACAUUGACCAAAGGCAUUACAAAAGCAAUAGUUUCAUUAAAUUCAAAUUGUAUGGACAUUGUAACUGGCCUGUGGAAUGAAAUAGAGGACUUUUGACAUCAUGAUAAGUUGGUAUAUCUUGAUUCCAAGAAAAAAAAGUACUCUAUUAGUAUGCCUAAAAGUAAUAACUUAUAGAAACUCUUUUGGCAUGUAAAAUGCUUUCCCAUAGCAUAGAAUAUGUCUUGAUUUUCUACUCGAGGAAGCUACUGUCCAAAUAACAACACUAAGAAUGCCUAUUCCACACUAUGUUCAUUACACUGACACUUUCCAAAUCCUUUUCAGGGGAACCUGGUGUUCUGCCCUGAGAUCAAGAAACUUUUCCUGGCACCAUUGUUACCAUUACGACUGCUUAUAAUGCAAAGCAAGGUAGACAGAGGUAGAAAGUAGGGGUGUGCCAGAGCACCGUCAGAGACUGUUUUAGUUUAUAAUAUGAUAGGUCAAGUUGGAGGUAUAAUGGGAUCAAUCAAUAAAAGGCAUUCAAAAAGAGGUAUUGAGAAUCUCUCCACGGAAUUCCUUUAAGUAUACAGCCAACAGCUUUCAAGGUGUAUCCAGGGUCAGGGUAUAGGAAUAAAGGGCUCAUUCACAGAAACUUGGUGAAUGCUCCUGUCCAGCCCUUCCUUUGUCACCUCACGACUGUUUUAUUAAAUUAUUUAUAAAGAGGUGGCUUUCACUCUGGGGCAAUUUAAAGUUUUUAUUUAGCCUAUGAAACCAAGAUGAAUUUAUUAAAUAUUCGUUUUUCACAUGGCACUAUUAUGAAAUAUACAAAAGUGGUAAGAUUAGAAAAAUGCUUAUGUUACAUCCUGUCACACCAAUCACUAAGCUGAUAACAAAUAUAUAACUUAAGGUACUAAUUACAUGAAUUUAAGUAGUGGGGAUUUUAGUGAAUCAGUAGAUGAGGUAAUCUGGAGUUCUGUAGUUGGAUUGGGAAGGAUGAGAUUAUGACCUUUUUCUGAGUAUUUCAGAGGGCUUCCUGGAGGUGAGUAGUUUCAGGAACUUCAUGAAUGAUAUGAAACAGGUACCUCAGUAGGCUGAGCCUAGAAGGGGCAUUCCAGGUAUAAGGCGCUGAUGGGAGCAGAAAUAGAAUGAAGGGAGGCAGUGAUAAACAGAAGUUGAGAGAAGCUAACCACAAGAGCUUUUUGAAGGUAGGGGUGUAGGAUCCUGUGCCCUAGCAUGAAUAAAUAAUUAUGUAUUCCUGAACCAUGACAAUCUGAUCCUCAAGGCCUUAAAAAUAUGCUUUGGAAAUCAGGCAGGGGUGUUGAACCUGAUGUCUCCAUUCCAUGUUGCUCUUUUCUCUCUCCCCAUUUCUCAAAGAAACCAAGCAAGGCUGUAACCUUGCCAUUGGUCAAGAAGUAUGGCACCAGCUGUUCUCAGCAUGACAAUGUGACUGGAAUGGAAGAAAUGCAUGAAAAAGAAUUUCAACAGAAACAACUUAGCUUGUCUGGGAGUUGGCAGAUCUCUUGCUGGCACAGGACACAUUUUUAUUUGUAUCACUUCAGUUGGAUUGUGUCUAAUUCUCACAAGAAGAAAAGAUGUUCCACAAAGGAAAGAUGAAUUUAUGGAAACAUCCCUGCUCCCCGAGAAGAAUGAGCAGAGCUGUUUUGAAAGAAUGGACAAAGAUUAAAGAAUGGAUCUUCGGGGCUAUUUUUCAGUUUCUAGGAGAAAAUGAUUGAUUUUCUCUUACUUUUCUCACUUAGAUGAAAUUGGACUGCUUUGCUCAAAAGAAGUUACAGCAGUGUAAAAAUUCUAAUUUUAAAAUAAUAAAAAUAAUUUUACAA